AUGCGAAUUACGACACACAUCGGUUUCUUUCCGAUCUGCUUUGGCGCGACUGAGGCUGCCGAACUGGUUAUGGAUGAGGACGUGAUCGCCCAUGCUGCGGAUGCGAUUUGUGAUCUUGGAGCUGGUUUGGACUCUCUGAUCAAGUCCCAUGCUAGUAAGCACAGCUUGGUGAAAACGACCGUUUCCAAAUUCGUGGCUUUCCUAGGGCCUGAUGCAAGUUUAAGAGCAGCACUGUGCUACCCUUCGUCAUUUGAUGCCAGUACAUCAUGUCCUGGCGGAGUCGCAGGAGUGACCAAUGUCUUUUCCGGCCACUCGACUUGCUUUUAUGAUUCGGGUAUCAUGGAGUCUUCAGGAUUAAGAAGUUAA